AUGGCCAUAGAUUUUGAGGAUGCCGCGCAUGGACUGGAAGCCGACAAUAACUGCGGAAUCGUAGCCAGAUUGUUAGUAGGAGAGAGUGAUGAAGAAGAAGAAGAAGAAGAAGAAGAAGAAGAAGGAGAUGGCUUUGAUGCGUUCAUCGGCCUGAAACCGGCUGUGGCGGGUGGUUGUGAGGUUCUUUUUGGCGAACAUUUUGGGCUGGUCGGUGUCUACCUAUUCAACACAUCGACUCCCACUUCCAAGGCGACAUCUUUGGAGACACCGGCGUUCGAUCUUCCUGGUAUCUUGCAGGCUGUUAAGUCCGACGUUCUGACAUGCCAGCGAGCCGCUUUCCCCUUGGAUGCAUGGGUCCAGUUACCGCCCUGGAUUUGA